CAUCUCUAAGCUGCAACACGAGCUUCAUCCCUUAUCCAUGCACAGUUGUGCAGCGCUUCGAAGUGGCUGGAGCAUUAUAUCGCAUAAUCAGAAGCCAGCGAUUUGGAAGAGCACGGAUUGGCCGCGGACAUCGUAGCUGAGGUUGCGAUGGAGGGUGAUGUUUGGCGCUGAAUGCCUUUGCGGACCCUGCAGAGUGACAGAUGCGUGUAGAUCGUCAUAUGUAUGUGAAUGAUAAAUAGCGCGGGGGGUGCUCCACUGCGUGCUUGACGAUCUCAUCCCUCAACGAAUUGACAUACCUGUCACCUCCUCUCUUCACAUACUCUAUCCACAACCUCACAGACAAUCAAAUGGGCUUCCUUGACAGCAUCGUCAACAACCUCACAGGCCAGAGCCAGCAUGGCGGGCAACAGCAGCAGAGCCAGCAACACGGUCCCCCACCAGUCUCUCCGCCUUGGUACGCCGAGUGGGAUUCCCGCGAUAACAGGUGGCUCUUCGUAAACCAGCAGACCGGCGAACGCACAUUCAACUACCCCGGUCCGGGUAACCAAAGCCAAGGUGGCUACGGACAGCAAGGCGGUUAUGGACCACAGGGUGGAUACGGGCAACAAGGCUACGGCCAACAGCAGAGCGGAUACGGUGGCGGCUACGGACAGCAAGGAGGCUACGACCAACAACAAGGUUACGGCCAGCAUGGUGGCUAUGGCGGAGGUUACCCUCCGCAGGAACAGCAUCAGAAGAAGGAGGGCAGUAAUGCGUGGAAGUACGCUGCUGGAGGAGCUGCUGGUCUUGUCGGUGGUGCGCUGCUGAUGCACGAGGGCGAGAACAUCAAGCAAGAUUGGGAUGAGGAUAAGUACCGCAUGGAACAGAGCAUGGAUAACUUCGGCAAAGACGUCGAGAACUUCCCCGAGAACGCCGCGAACUGGACAGGCCAACAAGUCGGCAAUGUAGAGAACUUCGGCGAUCGUGUCGAGAACGGCUGGGACAAUGCUGUAAACGACGUCGAAGAGUUCCCUGAGGAUGCGGCGAGGUGGACUGGCGAGAAGGUCCAGGAGGUAGAGGACAUCCCACAAGACAUUGAGAACAAGUGGGAUAAUGCUGUGGACGAUGUCGAGGACUUUGGGGAUCGCAUGGACAACGCGUAUGAUGAGGGGAGAGACGAGCAGAGAUAUGAUGAUGGUGACUACUAA